GAUUUUUAAAGUUUAACUUUUGUAUAAUGUUAUGCACCAAGUAGCUGCAACCUGCCAUAUACCGAGUUUUUCCUUUCUAUAGGAAUUCUGCAAAAACGGAAACUAUUUGCAGUGGUAUCUUCAUGUCCUUCUUUACUUUAAAUUGAAGUACUCCUCCUGAUUUAUGAAAAACGCAAAGCUCUCAUUUUUAUCGGAAAGUUAAAACGUAAAUGGAAACAGGCUGUCUUUAGCCGAUUGAAACGACUUGGUCUCUCAGUUUUUAAACUAUUUGAUUUUUUUCUUUAAAAUGUUCAUUAUCCGACCUUCAUCUUUAUUUGAAAUUCAGCGUGGCAUGUCCAGGUCGCUGCCGCGACAACAUACUUUCGUUCGUCAAAAAUCUUCCAAAAGCCCUUUAGAAGCCUAUGAGCUUAAAGUAAAAGAAGGAAAAUGGAAGCCUGAUCCAUACCAAGAAAAGGCCAUCUUUGCCGUCAAUGGAUUGUACCAAGAAUUACAAGCGUACACGCAACCUCCUGUACCCAAGGAAAGCUUCCAUUUGCAUUCCCGAGGUGAAGAAAAGACUUCUGUCUUAUCCAAGUUUCGCUCUACACUUGGCAAAUAUGCUUCCCGUUUUAUGGCAUCUUCAAGACCCUUCGCUCCCCAAAUACCUAAAGGCAUUUAUCUGUAUGGCGACGUCGGAUGUGGGAAAACUGCAUUGAUGGACUUAUUUUAUAAUCACUUACCUUCGAAUAUUACUCGCUCAAAGCGCAUUCACUUUCAUGCCUUUAUGCUACACAUCCAUCAAUCUGCACACCAUUUGAAACAAGUGAAGGGUUACGGCUUCGACGUGAUUGAUUAUCUUAGUGCUCAGCUUGCAAGCAAAUGUACAGUGUUGUGCUUUGAUGAACUUCAAGUGACAGAUGUAGCGGGUGCUCUUAUACUUCGAAGAUUGUUUGAAUGCUUACAAAAGUACGGAGUUGUUAUUUUCAUCACUUCAAACCGUGCUCCAAAUGACCUUUACAAAAAUGGAAUUCAAAGGGAGAGCUUUCUUCCUUGUAUUCAUCUGCUUAACGAAAGUUUGAACGUAAUCUGUCUAGAUAGUCCCAACGAUUAUCGACGUCUUAAAUCCGAAACAGAAGAUAUAUAUCUUCACCCAGCUCAAGAUCCCUUAGUGAAAAAGCAAUUGCAACAAUGGUUUGAAAGAUACGGAAAUAUUCGUGGAGAUCCAACUCACGAGGUACAGUUGGAAGUUUUUGGAAGGACCAUUCUCGUUCCCAAAGUCAGUGGAGAUGCAGCCUGGUUCACUUUCAAGGAACUUUGUGGAGAGCCAAAAAGUGCAGCUGAUUAUAUAUCGUUGGCAAAUCGCUUUCGAGCAUUUAUUAUUUCCGAUAUCCCCCAACUUUCCAUUGAAGCAAAAGACCUAGUUCGAAGGUUUAUCAACUUUAUUGAUGCAGCCUACGAUUCUCGUGCUAAAGUCAUUUUAUCUGCUGACGUUCCAGUAGAUCUAAUUUAUCCUACGCCGGAGGGAUACAAACCUUUACAAUCCUCUGAAAUAUCAAAGAAAUACACUGAGAGUGGUGAACACUCUAAAAUUGCAUCUGAAUCGAAUUACCAUGGCAAUUUUGCAGGGGUAGAAGAGGUCUUUGCUUUUUCACGUUGUCUCAGUCGACUUGCUGAAAUGCGUAAAAGCGAUUGGUUUCAAAAUUGAGCAGUAUGAUCUUUCUAUUUUCUUUUCUAUUUCAUCCGGUUAGACAUCCGAUUAGACUUACUUUCCUGUACCUGAAAAUCAAUGCCGACAAGAAGAUAGAAAUCGAUCUAUUUUCUAUGUAGAAAUAAAGCAAUGGUUCCUUCAUGCAAUUAUAGAGCAAUUUUUUAUAUUAUUUCACACAAUAAAAAGAAACUGUUUAUAAAAAUCUUCAUUCCGAUUCUUUGGAAACCAGUG